AUGUAUUUCUCCACCAAACCAUCGACCAUCCCCAUCCACAACGCCCUAGAGCCAUCCCCGUCCACAGCGCCCCCAGGAGCCAUCCACCAUCCCCGUCCACACGCCAUAGAGAGCCAUCCCCGUCCCACAACGCCCCAGAGCCAUCCCACCAUCCCCAUCCCGACAGCCCUAGGGCCAUCCACCAUCCCGUCCCACAGUGCCCUAGAGCCAUCCACCAUCACCACGUCCACACGCCCUGGGGCCAUCCACCAUCCCCGUCCACAACGCCCUAGAGCCAUCCCCGUCCACAGCGCCCUAGGGCCAUCCACCAUGCCCCGUCCACAGCGCCCCAGAGACAUCCACCAUCCCCAUCCAUCAGCGCCCCCAGAGCCAUCCCCGUCCCACAACGCCCUGGGAGCCAUCCACCAUCCCCGUCCACACAGCGUCCCAGAGCCAUCCACCAUCCCCGUCCGCAACGCCCUGGGAGCCAUCCACCAUCCCCAGCCAUCCACCAUCCCCGAUCCACAACUGGCGCCCCAGAGGCCAUCCACCAUCCCCGUCCCCAGGCGCCCCAGAGCCAUCCUCAUCCACAGCCGCCCCCAGAGCCAUCCACCAUCCCCGUCCACAACGCGCCCCAGAGCCAUCCCCAUCCACACGGCCCCAGAGCCAUCCACCAUCCCAGUUAAAAACGCCCUAGAGCCAUCCACCAUCCCCGUCCACAACGCCCCCAAACCAUUCACCAUCCCCGUCCUGGCAACCCCCAAGAGCCCCUCCGUCCCAACCGCCCCAAGAAAUCCACCACCCCGUCCAAGGCCCCCAGGGCCAUCCACCAUCCCAUCCCACAACCGCCCCCAGGGCCAACCACCAUCCCCGUCCACCAGCGCCCCAGAGCCAUCCCCAUCCGCAACGCCCCCAAAACCAUCCACCAUCCCCGUCCCACAACGCCAGAGCCAUCCCCCAUCCACAACGCCCCAAGAGCCAUCCACCAUCCCCGUCCCACAACGCCCCCAGAGCCAUCCCCAUCCCAACGCCCCAGAGCCAUCCACCAUCCCCGAUCCCCAGCCCCCAAGAGCCAUCCCCAUCCACAGCGGCCCAGAGCCAUCCACCAUCCCCCCUCUGGACUUUGAGAGGAAGCGGUUGUACACUCUAAGGAUCCAGGUUGAGAACUCCAACCCUGACCCACGGUUCCUGCGCUACGCGGCGACUACGGACGAGGCGACGGUCAAGUUGAUCGUGGAGGAUGUGGACGAGCCGCCGGUGUUCGACCGGGUCAGCUACGUCAUGGAGGUCAAAGAGGACUCGGCCUUAGGCACCAUCCUCGGAUCGGUCAGUGCCACAGACCCAGACAGUAGCCGCAGCCCUGUCAGGUACUCAAUUGACCGGCAUACAGACAUGGACAGGGUGUUCAACGUGCACCCGGGUAACGGCUCAGUGUUCAUGCUAACGACUCUGGACAGAGAGGCGAACCUUUGGCACAACAUCUCUGUCAUCGCCACUGAGUUCAACAAUCCACGGCUGAUGAGCCGCGUACCAGUGUACAUCAGAGUACUGGACAUUAAUGACAACGCUCCUACAUUCGCCACUUACUACGAAACAUUCGUCUGUGAAAACGCCAAGGCUAACCAGAGGAUUCAGACAGUGAGCGCUACAGAUGCUGACGAGCCUAUCAGUGGACACAGAUUCUUCUUCAGUCUAGCACACGAGGUCUCAGGGAAAGCCAACUUCACCGUCCGAGACAACAAAGACAACACGGCUUGGAUCCUGACCAGAAGGAACAGCUACAGCCGGCUACAGAGGAGCACCUACCUGGUUCCUGUGGUGAUAUCGGACGGGGACUUUCCCAUGCAGAGCAGCACCAACACCCUGACUGUGCGUGUUUGUACCUGCGACCGUGAGGGGAACAUGCAGCUGUGUAACCAGGAAGCUCUGGUCCUCACCGCAGGGCUCAGCACUGGAGCCCUCAUGGCCAUCAUCAUCUGUGUCCUCAUACUGCUCAUAAUCGUGGUGCUGUUCGCUGCCCUGAGGAGGCAACAGAGGAAGAAGGAGCCUCUGAUCAUCUCCAAAGAGGAUGUGAGAGACAACGUCGUCAGCUACAACGAUGAGGGGGGCGGAGAGGAGGACACCCAGGCCUUUGAUAUCGGCACGCUGCGCAACCCAGAGGCUAUCGAGGAGACCAAACAGCGCAGGGACAUUAAGCCGGAGACCCUGCAUCCUCCUGUCCGUCGGACCGUGGUCCUCCCCCCUGCCCACAGGGACAACUCGGACGUCAGGGAAUUCAUAAACCAAAGGCUCCAGGACAACGACCAGGACCCCACAGCGCCGCCCUAUGACUCCCUGGCCACCUACGCCUACGAGGGAAGCGGCUCGGUGGCCGAGUCCCUGAGCUCCCUGGGUUCCGUGACCACGGAGGGAGACCAGGACUAUAACUACCUGAGCGAGUGGGGACCCAGGUUUAGAAAACUAGCUGAUAUGUACGGGGUAGAGGACAGUGACGGCUGCAGGGAUUCCUAACCAGAGAGAAGGGAGCUCGUAAGAGGGGAGCUAAAGGAAAGUGUACAACAAACAAGCAAACACUCACACACUAGCUAAAGUGAACUUAACUCCUGGUACUUUGUGAAAGUGGCAAACAAUAGAACACAACAAGAAAGACACAAACAGACAAGGCAGUAUUUGUCAAAGUGUUCUUUUACUGUUGUUGAUCACCGUUGAUCUUUGACCUCUCUGGAGGACCAGGAGGACGACGCUUGGUGCACCCUGCCUGUAUUAGUGGUCUCUCUCUCUGCAAGGCAGCUGGGGACUCCUGAGGAAAAUACUUGUCAAGAAGACGCUUCGUUUUAUAUGGGGGUAGUGUACUCUGUGCACCAGGCCCCACAUAUAUCUCUAUAUACAAACAUACUUCUUCUCUUCUGUUUUUCCAAAAGCUGCCUGCAACAGAGGGACGAACAGCAAGCGGUUUUCUGGUGAACUUGACAGACAACACCUAUGAAUUGUUCAGAGUUUCUGGAAUGAAUAGCUGCAUAUUGUGAGAUAUAUCUUAUCUUGUGUGUAUCUGUAAAUUGAUACAAUACGCUGUACAGUUCUGUUAUCAGGUUUCUAGCGUCCCAUUCCCUUACAGCAUUGGCUAUGUAUGUCACAAUCUUCUUUUGAAGUCACAUAAAGCCAUGCUAAGAGACUGAGGGGUUGGACCAUAGAAAUAUAAUGCUCUAAUUCUAUGGGUACAGUCAAAAUGGCCGCCAGUCCACCCACUGUGGCAUCAUUGACUUGAAUGGGGACACCCACUCUACUCAUUCUAUUUCUAUGGGUUGGACGUCACAUUUCUGACCGUCACCUUUCUGACCGUCAAUAACAACACCUGAUCCACAUCUCCACAUAGCUUUACAUAUUCUGCAUCCCAAAUGGCACACUAUUCCCUAUAUAGUGCACUACAUUUGUACCAGGGUACAGUAGGGUGCCAUUUGGGACAUCAUUCUCUGUGGGGGGAGCUGAAACACCUGGACCAAAAAGCUCCUCAGAGCGCUGACUCUCUGAAAAGCUAAUGUCAAUAACACUUUGCAAUAAGGUACUCUUUAUAAAGGGUUAUUGUAAAGUGUUACCCUAAUGAACUAAACAUGCAGUUCAAAUUAAAUAUGAUUCUUUACUCAGUGUUUUACUCUAUGCUUUUCUUGGUUAAUUAAACUGAGUAAUUAAUUGAUGGUUGACCAUCCAUUUCACAAAGUUUCGCAGGCCUGACAUAUUGGGACUAUGUGGGGAGAAAGGCUAGAUAUUAAGGGAAAGAUUACAUUUUCAGUUGUAAGAAAGAGUGUUGACAUUUCGUUGGGAUUGACAUAAGAGGUACAGGUCAACACAAUAUUGGGAUCAUAAAAUGUUUUGACAUAUACAUAUGAAAUGGUCAUUAGAUUGGUUUGCCAUCAUGAAAUGGUUUGACAUAUACGUAGUAAGAAAAUUGAGCAAUUCAAAUUAAGCAACUUGCCCAAGGCCAAAACAUACAAAUUGAACAAUAGUAUCACUGCAGAAGGAUGACAUUUAGCAGACAUUUCAAACUAAUAACACAACUGGCAUAAUUGCCACAACAACGGUGUUAUUAUUUUCCUGUCUCUGUCCGCAGCAUUCACAAUUCACACAAAUUGUACAUUAUAUAUUGUUUUUCAAAUAAAUAAAUGGCUGUAAACAAUGAAAAUGGUGAGGUAGUUUAGACAAUCCUCUAAGUCAAGAACACACUUGUUAAAAAUGUAUACUAUAUUAUAUGCUAAAUAAUUGUAAUCAGCAAGUUAUUUUCUUUUUGCAUUUAUUUUCUUUGACCAUUGAGUGCACACUGUGUAAGUGACAAUUUGAGAUUGUGGCAAACAUUGCUUUGAUAAGCAUUCAUUUGGGUUCCUAAACCCUCUGAACUGAAAAACAAUCGUUCCUCUUCUGCUCUGAACGGUAGACAUCUAGUUUAAAUUACAAGAGAAAAUGACAACAGAAGAGUGCAUUAUUAUUUUCCCCUCAUAAUUUAUUUCUUUAAAUGGGCAAUCUGGGAUUGGUACAUCCAUUUUCUCUAUUUAAUUCAGGGUGUCAGCAGCAUGUCACUAUAAAUACAUGUUUGUGCUUCUUUAUUGAGACAGUUCUUGCCUUUCAGCAUUUACAACAUGCUCAACUAAGGACAUACAUUUAAAAAACAGUACAUCAAGCAUGCAGUGUCACAACACAAGUUAAUGCUAUUGGGGGUUUGUAGCGAAAUGUUAGCUGCCAGAUAUGGUUAACCUAUAGUAAGCUCUGGUCCAGGGUGUUAGUGUGGUUUGCUUAUGCUGAGGCUUCCUGUUCACACUCUGGACCAGAGAUAGUACUGAUGUCCUCUUUCUAAAGAUAUGACCGGUCUGUUGGGCGUUAAUGUAGACACGGUUGGUUAACCUUAAGGUUGCCUCCAUAUUAUGUUGUUGACUAUGUGAUUGAGCAGUGUAUGGCUGCAUCCUGAUUCUCCUCCCAUCCCUAAAGCACAUUUACACUUCCAAUCAUGGAUUUAAAAGCAUAGGAAUUGUGAAAGCAUUGGCUAGUGGGAGUUUCCACCAUUGUUAAAUCCAUCCAAGUAGCGUCCUCUCCAGGGGGUCAAGCUGCCUCACGCUACAGAAAGAGGAGAUAGGCUCCUGCCCAUAUGGGCCGUUCUGGCUUGUCCAUGGCUUACUUACUAUGUGAGAAAGUGUGCAAGUGCACACUUCAGGAGAAGGGUGGAGAAUAGGAAUGCAGCCUAAGUUUUGUCUAUGUGGAUUAAUACUAUGAUAGGUUACAUUAUGUGCAGUAGUUUAAAGGGGCCCCGUCAUGAUUCAAUGCCCAUUCAUUAAUCUGCUUUGUACAAUGUGAUUUUUGUACUGGAUAUUUUUAUGACUCAACACGAUUAAAUAUCUUUAAAUCAUG